AUGGAAAGUGAUUGUUUAUACGAUUUGAACUCUGCGACCUAUUAUGGAUUGGACACAGAACAUUUACUGACAGAAGAAUCUGAUGUGUGGAUAUGUCCGGAUACAAGUGAUCACUCAUACUUGAGUAGUAGCAAUGUGGACAGGCUUGUCCACUCCACGCAUAACUAUUACCAUAGAGUUGGUCCAAAUGAACUCGAAGAGAGCAUGGUUGAGCAUGACUAUGCUUUUCAAGUUCCCAAGCAAGCCGAGUAUACUAGCUUAAUUGAAGAUGAAAUAGAAGCAAAUGAGAAGGAAGAUCCUCUAGUGAAUGGGUUAGAAUUCGAUACGUUCGAGUGCCAUUGGAAAGAUUGUACGUUCAAUACUAGGGAACCCCAAAAAUUAGAUGAGCAUUUGAAUACCCAUUUGGAUUUGAAGACUUUUAUCUGCGGUUGGCGGGGGUGUCGAAAGAAAAAGCACGUGUAUGCUCGACGCUAUAUCCUUGCUAGACAUUUGAGGAGUCAUACAGGCUUUAAACCAUUCACUUGCGAACAGUGUGAAAGAUACUUCGCAACAGCUGAAAGAUGUCGAUUGCAUAUCAAAACUGUACAUCAAAGUGAAGUGAAAUAUCGAUGUGAGCAUUGUCACAAAUUCUUCAAAACAAUAUCUGAUCGUUGUCAUCAUAUUUCUCGAAUGCAUCACAAGAACCGUCUUGCAUGUGAAUAUUGCGGGGAUCUAUUCGCAGGACCAACGGUCUUAGGUCGUCACAUUCGUAGAUGUAAAGUACGCAAAUCUAGAGAGUUGGAUUUUUAA